ACCUACAAGUCUUGAAAAAUCCUUCCGAACUCAUACAGGGUUCGAUUGGGAGACUUGUUAAUCGACUCAUCCUCUUCAUAGCUACAAAUCACUCAGUCAGUCACAAUGGGUGGAUCCAAAUCCGACAAGGAGCUUUACUUUGAGAAGCUCAAGGUUCUCAUUGCCGAGUAUCCCUCUAUCUUCCUCGUCAACAUCGACAAUGUCUCCUCUCAACAACUUCAUCUCAUUCGACAAGCUCUCCGCGGCAAAGGUGUCGUCCUCAUGGGUAAAAACACCAUGGUCCGUCGUGCUCUUCGAGUCAUCAUGCCCGAUUAUCCUCAAUUCGAACGUCUCCUCCCUCACAUCAAAGGCAACAUCGGUUUCGUUUUCACUUCUGGUGAUCUUAAAGACGUACGAGAAAUCAUCAUUUCCAACAAAGUCGCUGCACCCGCUCGUGCUGGUGCCCUCGCACCAAACGACGUGUACGUUCCCGCCGGUAACACUGGUAUGGAACCUGGUAAAACUUCUUUCUUCCAGGCUCUCGGUAUCCCCACCAAAAUUGCCAGAGGUACCAUCGAAAUCGUCUCCGACGUUCAGGUGCUUACCGCUGGGGGCAGAGUUGGAUCUUCGGAAGCUACUCUUUUGAACAUGCUCAAUAUCUCUCCGUUCACCUAUGGUAUGAGCGUUGUUCAGGUCUACGACAAUGGUGCCGUGUUCCCUUCGGAUGUGUUGGAUGUAGAGGAAUCGACUCUGUUGGAGAGAUUCAUGACUGGUAUCAAAACUGUUGCUGCUAUCUCUCUCGCUACCGGCUUCCCCACGAUCGCUUCGGUUACCCAUUCGUUGGUCAACUCGUACAAGAACAUCCUCGGGGUGUCGCUUGCGACGGAAUACGAGUUUGAGGGAUCUGCAAAGAUCAAGGAGUACCUCGCCAACCCCGAGGCGUUCGCCGCCGCAGCCGCCGCCCCGGUCGCUGCUGCCGAUGCUCCCGCCGCAGCUGCCGAAGCAGCCGCCCCUGCCAAAGAGGAAGAGAAGGAGGAGUCUGAUGACGACAUGGGCUUUGGUCUGUUCGACUAGUCGAUGCGUACCCUUCAUGCACAUUUGCGUCGCUUGAACGUGGCUAACAUUGUACUGAUGCAUGUACUCAUAUCGUGUCUG